AUGGCCGUGAACUUUGGGGCUCACACCAGCGGAUUCCGCCACAAUGAGGUGAUUAGGUUCAUUAAUAAUGAAAUACUCAUGAACGGUGGCAGCCAAGACUUUUACGUGGCUUUCUGCUCGUGUUCCUGGAGUGAGGUAGAGGAGCGGCUCCGGGCUGUUGUGGUUGAUCCACAGGUGCCGCGCGCUAUCAAGAGGGCCUGUGCCUGGAGCGCGCUGGCUUUGAGUGUGAGAGUGGCAGCGAGGCAGCGUGAUCAGCAUGCAUACAGGGUCAGACGGCUCCAGGAGCAGAUGGAGGCGCAUGAGGCAACUUCCUGGGCUUUGGCGGCUGAGCUACGGCAGCUGCACGAGGAGCGCUAUGAGGCAGCUUCACAGUUGCACUUGACGCGCGCUGCCCUGCAACAGGCACUAUUUGAGUGUGAUAUGCUGCGAGCAAGGCUGUUUCAGAUUGAGAUGUCUGCUCAGGCAGCCCCACUGGGCCAUGAAGUAGUGCCUGUGCUGCGAGUUGAGCAGCAUGGGACUGUAGCGUGGCCUCUGAAUGCAGACCAGUCGAGAGAGGUGGUAACCAGGGAGGCGCAUGCCAGCUUUUAUUUUGAGGCCCAGAUGCCAGCCCCUGCACCUGUUAUUUAUGUGCCAGGACCCCCAAAUCCUUGGUCCCAGGCUGUACAAGCCUCUUUGCCGAUGCCGAUGCCGGUGCCAGUGCCAUGCUCAUUCCCAUUCCAAACACCAGUCCCCGCAGGAUUCCCAUUCUUGCCGCCUCUACCACCUGUAGUCAUGGAAGCAGAAGCAACAGUAGUCCCAGUUCAGAUGCCUCCCGUAGAUAUCCCCCAACCUGGCUCUUUGGCUGCAGUGGGCUUCCAGGAGGAAGUGUCCGCUCCGUGGCACCAAAGGAGCGACAUCCAAGAGGAAGGUGUUGAGAUCCUCCAGGGCUCAGCCCACCUGGGAGACAGUAGAGGCCACAGGCAGACGCAAGGUCCAGCGGGGCCCCAGGAGAAGAGUUCCCUCCUGGGCAGCAGUGGGAACAGCAGCAAAGAAGAUCCAGUGGGACCCCAGGAAACUCCCCUCCUGGGCAACAAUGGGAACCACAGCCAGGAAGUAGAACUAGAGAGUCCCCAGGAAACAUCUGUCCUUGGGGAUAGUGAGCAGGACAACCAAGAAGAAGAUUCAGAAAUGUCCUGUGUGAUAACCCCACUGAGGGACAGCAGAAGCUGCAGCCAGGAGGAAGAUCCUCAGGAACUCCAAGAGAUGGAUCCCAUGGGAGACAAAGGGAGCCCAAACCAGGAAGAAGAUCUAGAGAGUCCCCAGGAGAGUAUUACCUUGGAGGACAGAAGCUCUAACCAGGAAGAAGUUUCAGAGCAUCCUCAGGGGACUGUCCCCCUGGGAGACAGCAGAAGUUACAUCCAGGAAGACAAUUCAGAGAGUGACGAGGAAGGCGGUACAGAGAGUGGCCAGGAAGGCGAUACAGAGAGUGGCCAGGAAGGCGAUACAGAGAGUGGCCAGGAAGGCGAUACAGAGAGUGGCCAGGAAGGCGAUGCAGAGAGUGGCCAGGAAGGCGAGGCAGAGAGUGGCCAGGAAGGCGAUGCAGAGAGUGGCCAGGAAGGCGAGGCAGAGAGUGGCCAGGAAGGCGAUGCAGAGAGUGGCCAGGAAGGCGAGGCAGAGAGUGGCCAGGAAGGUGAUGCAGAGAGUGGCCAGGAAGGCGAGGCAGAGAGUGGCCAGGAAGGUGAUGCAGAGAGUGGCCAGGAAGGUGAUGCAGAGAGUAGCCAGGCAAACGAUACAGAGAGUGGUCAGGAAGAGAAUCCAGGCCAUGCCCAGGAAAUGGUCCCCCUUGAGUUUUACAGGAGCUACAACCCAGAAGAAAGAUCAGAGAGGCUCCAGGAGACUCCCCUUGGGGAUAGCUGGAGUGAUGGUGUAAGAGCAAGUCCAAAGAAGCAGAAGCCUCAGGGGCAGAAGGCCAAACAACCAAAAGGAAAUAGAGGCUCAGAAUCCCAGCAACAGGAGACGCCUGUCCCAGGCUGCAGUCCAGUGAAUUGGGACUGUCCCUGGUGUAAAGCCGUGAAUUUUUCACGGCACACAUCUUGCUAUAAAUGCAAGAAAUUCUGUAUGCCAAUUAAGAGGGGAGGCAGUGACCUAAGACGCAGUCAUUCAUUUUAG